UCGGUGCCCCUUACUCCCGACCCACAGCCCCCCCCAGCCCGACUGCUGCCCCUCACUCCCGACCUGCAGUCGCCUCUCCGCGCUGGGCAAGAAAAUGGACCUGGUAGCGGAACCCAGGAGUCCUGGGUACAAGGGGUCGGAUCUCCCCGAACGACGUCUCCGGCGCCCACUACGGGCCGGAGCAGGAAGUGCAGGAUGAGGCGCCUGGCAGAGCUCGGAGGGGCACCCGGAGGAACCUGCUGGAGCCCCAAAGAAGGAGAAUCCGCCCGGGCUGCCGGCUGCCAGGAGAGAUGCCUGAGGACAAAGCGGAAGCCCCAUCUGGCAUCGGGGACCUGGUUCUGGCAGCUGAACUGAUGGAGAUGGCCGGGGUGUCCCCCUGCUAUGCCCAGCACCGGGGCGGGACCCAGCCGGCCGUGCAGCACGACCAUGGGGCCUACGGCGUCCCCCAGGAGCCGGCUGCGCUGGGCCGCAUGGUGCGGGAGCUGCAGGAGACGGUGCAUCGGCAGAACCAGCUGCUGCAGAGCUCGCAGGAGGCCCUGGCCGCCAGCCAGGAGCGCUGCCAGGAGCUGCAGGAGAGGUCGGAGAGCGAGUGCUGGGCGCUGGCGUCGGAGCUGGGCCAGCGGAUCGCGGCGCUGGAGGCGGAGAACCGGAACCUGCGGUGCGAGCGGGACCAGCUGGAGAGCCAGACGCAGAGGCUGCGGGAGGAGCUGGAGCGGAGCCGCAGCACGGUGCUACACAUCAGCCAGAAGCUGAAGGAGCAGGGCGGCCGGGCCGGGCCGGGCCGGUUCUGCCUGGCCAGCGUCCGGGACGACGGCAAGUGGCUGCGGUUCUACACCGGCUUCGGCAGUGCCCAGCGCCUGGCCGCGUUCCUGGCCUUCCUGACGGAGGGGGAGCCGCAGCGGGGGGCCGAGCCGGGCCCCCCCAGCGCCCUGAGCCCCGAGGACCAGCUCUUCCUGGUGCUGGUGCGGCUGCGGCUGGGGCUGCUCCUGCAGGAUCUGGCCUUUCGCUUCCACCUUUCCGAGGCCACCGUCUCCCGCUACUGGCUCGGCUGGACCCAACUCAUGGAGACCCGGCUGGCCCAGGUGCCGGUGCGGUGCAGCCCGCGCUACGUGGAGCGGUUCGAGCCGCAGCGGGCGGCGCGGGUUGGGGGCGUCCCACUGGUGGUGCUGGACUGCGCCCAGCUCUGCUUCGAGGGCCGGGGCCGGCGGCUCUACGCCCUGCAGGGCUGCGCCCUGGCCGCCCCCAGCGGCUUCCUGGCCUUCUGCUGCAGCGCCGCCUUGCGGGGCAGGGAGGGCGGGCCGGGGCUGCCCCCCUUCUUGCGGGACGGCCCCGUGGCCCUCAGCGCCCAGCAGGAGGAGGCCAGCCGGCAGGUGCUCAGCCUGGCCAGUCUGGCCGACAAGGCCCUGCGCUUCCGCUUCCUGCGGGGGGUCCAGCCCCCUGCCAUGGAGGGCCAGGUGGGGCGGGCCUGGGCCAUCUGCUGCUACCUGGCCUGCCUGCUGCAUGAGCCCAUGGGGCUGGCAUAGGCAGGGGGGUCUGCCUCUGCCCCCGGGGGGAGGUGGGCCUUGGGGAUUCCCCGUCUCCCCCCAUGGCUGGCAGGUGUGGGGCUGGUACAGGGGCCCUGGAUUCCCCCCUGCCAGUGACUGGGGGGAAGGGAGAUCUGGGGGGCAUCCAAGGGGGCUCACUGGGGGUCCUGCUCUCAGCUGUAGCUGAUCUAUGUGGCAGCCUGGAUAGGGCAUUUGGCCCCGCAAUGCCCCCUCUUGGGGGGGUCCAAACUGGGAGGGGGCUAUGGUUGGGGGAGGGGCUGAGCCCUCCCCCUGAUUCCAGCCCAUGAAGGCAGGAGGAUGGGAUGGUAUCGGGGCGCUGGAGGCAGCUGGUUCCCUCUCAUUCCCCCUUCCACACAGGGGCGGGUAAAGCGAGGCACAGAAAGACCAUGCUCAGCCCAAGGUGGAGGCAGGGAUAGAACCCAGGAGUCCUGGCUCCCGGGACCCCCCCCCCCUUGCUCUAACCACUAGUCCAGACUCCCCUCCUAGAGUCAGGGAGAGAAAUGGUGUCAAGUGGUUAGAGCACACUGGGGCUGGGAGCCAGGACUCCUGGGUUCUGUCCUCAGCUUUGCUGCUUCGGUUUCCCAC